AUGGCAAGACGAGGUAGGGGGGUAAAUGUCACAUGGAGGCAGCCCCUGCAGGAUGAUGACGACGAGUUCGACAGCAACAGCUGCUACGUUCAGGAGUGGAAUACGGAGCGGCGGCAGGAAGCUCAGGGUCCUUUUUUUAAAGAAAAACGGGAAGUUUCUUCCGGUUGUCUUGACACCGCCGAGUUCUGCCGGACAGCCGCAGUGAACUGGCGAGCACAGCGUCAGACUACGGGAGAGGGUCUUGGCAAGGAGGCGGCAAGGGAGCGAGGACAGAAAGCAGCUGAUCUCCUGCGGAUGGCUGUGGCACCCCCCGCUGCGCUCUGGGGGCCCUCGAACAUGCACGCGGAUGGUCCUGCAGCGGCUGAUGCAGAGAGGGGGGAGAACACGUUUCCAGAAGGACUACCUGGCGAAGAGGACGCGCACUCCCAGCAAGUGCAAAAAGGCGAAGGCUUCGUGCAGCACCGGCGAGGCCAGGCGCAGAGAGAGCACAAGACGGGCUCAGAGCUGCCUUGUCAGCCCCCCUCCCAGCAGCAGCCUCCAUCUCCGCGGCUACAGCCGAUCGGCAGAGCGUCUUUCCCAAUGGCUGCGUGUUCCCCCGCGAUCCGCAGCGCAGCUGGCCUACCCGGGGGGCCCCUCCUCGCCAAGAACCCUCUGGGGGGGGGCCCCUCCUUCUCAGCCUCGGCGGGGGCGAAGCACAGCAGCAGCAUGGAGGCUGCUGCGAACAGGGGAGAGGCCUUCGACUCCCUUUCUGCAGAGCACGCAUUGGGAAAUCAGAUGCACAAGCUGUCAUUCGACUUGACGCAGCAGCUGCACGUGGACGCGAAGCGAACUCGCACAGGGUUUCCCUGCUGCAGCUUGUGCAAAGCUCAAGCCAGCGAAGGCUCUCUAAUUCUCGCUACCAACAAGACGGCUGUAGGGCCGAGCGUUAGUCUGGGAGACGCCUCCGCUUCUGCGGAACGCACUGGACACAGUGCCUUGCCGGCGACUGAGCUUCCCGCCUCCACCGACCCCUCUGACACAACUACGCCAUCCAGAGGAGGAGCAGCAGCUGCAAGUGCCGGAGCAGCUGCUGCAGGUGCUGCAAGUGCUGCAACGCCCACCGCAGCAACGCGACAGAACGGCUCCAGUGGGGAGGGGGACUGCUGCUUGGCGUGCAGUUGCCCUUGCCACAACAGCAGCAACAGCAGCAGCAGCAGCAGCAGCAGCAGCAGCAGCAGCAGCAGCAGCAGCAGCAACAUCGUCUGCUUCGAAGGCCCCAGGAGGCCGCCAACCUUCGCAGCCAACCUCGCUGAGCUCUGCAAGGCCUUCCCCUCAUUGCACCAGGGCCUCAUUAUUUCGUUGCUUGAAACUGCAGAAAAUGACUUCCAGAGGGCGCAUGCACUCGUUAGGGUUCUCAGCGAUACCAACACAGGAUUGCACUACCCGAGAUCAGGACGGUCGAUGAGCAAGCGGAAGAGAGGCCCAGACGCAGCUGCUGCUGCAGCAGCAGGUGCAGCAGACUCGAGCAGCCGCACACGGGGCUUUUGUGGGGUGGACGCUGCUGAUGGGAGAGGCUCAAGUGAGGCUCCUUCGCCGCUCCUGGAGGGUUCGUAUUCGCAGCAGCUGGCGCUUCACGCGUCUCCUCCUCCUCCUGCACUCGCCUUGCCCGUUACAGCCUCUUCUUGCGGCUUUGCCCGUCCCUCCGUCUCUGCGGGAGGCGUUGCCGAUCAGCUUCCCUCGAGGGCAAAACGGGAGAGCUUGCCAGAAGCGUGGUGUGAGGAGGUAGCGGAACGCCUUCUCUGGGCAAUAGUUGCUGCUGGCAGUGGCGAGGAGGCGAAGGCUAAGGCAGCUGCACUGCUGCGACAGCAUGCGCUGCAGCUGGCUAGCGUGCAGCAGCAGGAAGAGGAACUCUCCCAGGCUGAUCUCGCCAAGGAAGCGGAGAAUCACGAGCUGGCAAGGAGAGUAGAACUUUUGCAGAACGACAAGCUGUUACUGGCGAGGGCUGUCAAGGCACAGCAUGAGAAGCUGCAAACGCUGCAGCAGAACCUGGCAGCCAAGACUGAGGAGGCACAGCACCUCCAAGAGGAAUUAAAUCGAGCGCAACAGCGCUUGCGCACUUUGAGGGACGCAGCUUCUACCCUCCUCCUUGCAUCCGCAGCCAACGCAGGGCGAAACAGCCCCUGCAGAGACACAUCUUUUGACCGCAGGUUGGCAGCAACUUUAUGUUGCAUUGCCUUUUACAUCCACCAUGGGGGUGCCUCCAGAGGGUUUGAGCGCCCGCUGCAUGCAGAGGGAGGCGCUUCGAAAGGGGGCACUGGAUCGUGCCAAGCGUUGGCGUGCUGUCUCUUGCCUUCGCCAGGGGCGAGGGAGACACUGCGGCUGCAAGCCGUUCGUUCAGUAGACGCUGAGAAUGGCGGCUUCUUCUGCAUGCGCGCCGCUGCGGGAUAUCUGGUGUCUGUGUGGGUGCAGGUUCCCAGAUGUGUAUUGACACGCUUGCGGGCAAGAGCGUAA